GGGUGUGUGACCUGGGCCGAAACUGUGAAGGAGGAGGAGGAAGGGGAGGCGUUGUUGUUGUUCUACUGUGAAUCACUCCUCACAGCUGUAUGUGAUAUGAGAGAACCAGGCGGGUCUCUCCCUGCGGCCCUCUCCUCUUUGCUCUAGCCCCAGUGAGAGCUGUGGAUGCAGGCAUGGCUGCCAGGCUGAUGCCCCUGCUGCUGCUGCUGCUGGAGGUGCUGAGUGGAGCAUGUAGGCCAGUGGAAGGACAGGGGAGGUACACGAGUGGCUGGAGGUGGAAAGGUGACAGGAUCCACACGGGCGCUGCCACUCAGGAUGGGGCCAGUGAAGGGGCCACCUCGGCCCCCACCUCAGAACACGAGGAUGACAACUCCCUGGGCUACACAGGAUCCCGUCUGCGUCAGGAGGACUCCCCACCCCGGAUUGUGGAGCACCCCUCUGACUUGAUCGUGUCCAAAGGAGAGCCGGCCACCCUCAACUGCAAGGCAGAGGGGCGGCCCAGCCCCACGGUGGAGUGGUACAAGGACGGGGAGCGGGUGGAAACGGACCGGGACAACCCUCGAUCUCAACGCAUGCUCCUUCCCAGCGGCUCCCUCUUCUUUCUACGGAUCGUCCACGGACGACGCUCCAAACCGGAUGAGGGCUCCUACGUCUGCGUCGCCCGCAACUACCUGGGAGAAGCCGUCAGCCACAACGCCUCGCUGGAAGUAGCAUUACUACGUGAUGACUUCAGACAGAAUCCUGCAGAUGUGAUGGUGGCAGCGGGCGAGCCUGCAGUCCUAGAGUGUAUGCCCCCUCGCGGGCAUCCUGAACCUAGCAUAUCCUGGAAGAAGGACAGUGCCAACAUCAAUGACAGAGAUGAACGAAUCACUAUCCGGGGAGGAAAGCUGAUGAUAACCAAUGCCAGAAAAGGCGACGCUGGGAAGUAUGUGUGUGUCGGGACCAAUAUGGUGGGAGAGAGGGAGAGUGAGAUCGCUGAGCUCACUGUGCUCGAGCGACCCAGCUUUAUGAAGCGUCCCGGUAGCCAGGUGGUGCUGGUGGACCAGAGCGUGGAGUUCAGGUGUGAGGCCCGGGGCGACCCAGUUCCCACCGUCCGCUGGAGGAAAGAGGACGGAGACCUGCCCAAGGGAAGAUAUGAGAUCCGUGAGGACCACACUCUGAAGAUCCGUCGUCUGACCUCUGCAGACGUGGGUUCUUACACCUGCAUGGCAGAGAACAUGGUGGGCAGGGCGGAGGCGUCGGCCACCCUCACCGUCCACGUUGUGUCUGUGCCCCCUGGGUUUGUGGUGCGGCCCAGGAACCAGGUGGUGGCGGUGGGGAGGACCGUCACCUUCCAGUGUGAGGCAACAGGAAACCCUCAACCUGCUAUCUUCUGGCAGAGAGAGGGCAGCCAGAACCUGCUCUUCUCCUACCAGCCCCCCCAGCCCUCUAGCCGCGUCUCUGUCUCCCAGACGGGGGACCUUACUAUCACAGAUGCAGAGCGCUCAGACGUGGGCUACUACAGCUGCCAGGCCCUCAAUAUCGCUGGCUCUGUCAUCACCAAGGCCCUGCUGGAGGUCACUGACGUUGUGUCGGAUCGCCCACCUCCAGUUGUCCGCCAGGGUCCAACCAAUCAGACAGUGUCUGUGGACGGGACGGUGGUCCUGAGUUGCCUAGCAACGGGUAACCCCACCCCCACCCUCCUGUGGAGGAAGGACGGUGUGUUGGUGUCCACUCAUGACUCCCGGGUCAAACAGCUGGACACGGGCGCACUGCAGAUCCGCUACGCCAAGAUGGGUGACACAGGCAUCUACACAUGCAUCGCCUCCACUCCCAGUGGCGAGGCCUCGUGGAAAGCCUACCUGGAUGUCCAAGAGUUUGGUGUUCCAGUGCUGCCGGCCAGACCCACUGACCCCAACCUGAUCCCCAGUGCCCCCUCCAAACCUGAGGUCACUGACGUCACCCGCACCUCUGUCACCCUGUCUUGGAUGCCCAACCUCACAGGAGCCACGCCCACCUCCUACAUCAUAGAGGCCUUUAGUCAUGCGUCAGGCAGCAGCUGGCAGACCCUGGCAGAACAUGUGAAGACUGAGUCGUAUGUACUGAAGGGCCUGAAGGCCAGUGCUGUCUAUCUCUUCCUGGUCCGAGCUGCUAAUGCCUACGGCCUGAGUGACCCCAGCCCCAUCACUGACACCGUCAAAACACAAGAUAUCCCCCCCACCAGUCAGGGAGUGGACCACCGUCAGAUCCAGAGGGAGUUAGGAGAGGUGGUCAUCCACCUUCACAACCCCACCAUCCUCUCCUCCUCCUCUGUCAGAGUGCAGUGGACGGUGGAGCAGCAGUCUCAGUACAUCCAGGGUUAUAAGGUGAUGUACCGAACCUCUACAGAGGGGCAUCAGAGGAGUGACUGGACUGUGUUUGAGGUGAGAACCCCAGGGGAGGACAGUACUGUGGUACCCCAGCUCAGGAAGGGAGUCACCUACGAGUUCAAAGUUCGCCCCUUCUUCAACGAGUUCCAGGGAACAGACAGUGAGGUCAAGACAGCCAAGACUCUGGAGGAAGCUCCCAGUGCAGCCCCUCGUGGGGUUACCGUCUCAGAGAGCGGGGACAAUGGGACCGCCAUUGUGGUCUCCUGGCAACCGCCUCCAGAGGAGGAGCAGAAUGGGGUGGUCCAGGAGUACAAGAUCUGGUGUUUGGGGAAUGAGAGCAGAUACCAUAUCAACCGUACGGUGGACGGCUCUACCUUCUCCUUGCUGAUCCCCAUCCUGGCUCCAGGGAUCCGUUACAGUGUGGAGGUCGCAGCCAGCACUGGGGCAGGCCAAGGGGUCAAGUCUGACGUCACCUUCUUCCAGAUAGACUCAUCGGGGCGUAUGACGGAGGGUGUGUUGGAGCCAGAGAACACCCUGUCCCAGCAGAUCAGCGAGGUGGUGAAGCAGCCGGCCUUCAUAGCAGGGAUAGGAGCGGCCUGUUGGAUCAUCCUCAUGGUGUUCAGUAUCUGGCUCUACCGACAGCGUAAGAAGAGGAAUGGCCUCAGCACUAACUACGCAGGCAUCCGCAAGGUGCCAUCCUUUACCUUCACUCCUACAGUGGCGUACCAGAGAGGGGGAGAGGCUGUCAGCAGUGCUGGAAGGCCAGGUUUGCUGAACAUUGGGGAGUCUGCUACCCAGCCCUGGUUGGCUGAUACCUGGCCCAACUCCUGCUCCAAUCACAAUGACUGUAGCAUGAACUGCUGCACCGCAGGACAGGGCAACAGUGACAGCAACCUGGCUACAUACAGCCGCCCAGCCGACUGCAUCGCCAACUAUAACAACCAGAUGGAGAGCAAACAGACCAACCUGAUGGUGCCGGAGGGAGGAGUGUACGGAGACGUGGACCUCUCCAACAAGAUCAACGAGAUGAAGACCUUCAACAGCCCCAACCUGAAGGACGGACGCUUCGUUGGGCCGGGUGGACCAGGGGGACAGCCCACCCCGUACGCCACCACACAGCUCAUCCAGUCGUCUAUCCUGGGCAACAACAUCAACACAGACAGAGACAGAGGGAGAGGAGGAGGAGGGGGAGGGGAGAUGAACGAGAAACAUGGCUGGAAACCCACCCCGGUUCAGCUGCAGAAGCAACAGGAAAUGACCUCACAGCUCCACCAGUAUAACAUCAUGGAGCAGAACAAGCUAAACAAGGACCACUAUAGAGGAGGGGACAGUCCCAUGGCUACCACCAUCCUCUAUAACCAGGCCCACGAGGCCCACACAGGGGGAUCCUACAACAGCUCUGACCGUGGCAGCAGCAGCACCUCUGGGAGUCAAGGUCAAAAGAAGGGAGUGCGCACCCCCAAACUACCCAAACAGAGUGCAAUGAAUUGGGCUGACCUUCUGCCUCCUCCCCCUGCUAACCCACCUCCCUGCCGCAACAUGGAGGAGUACUCCCUGUCUAUGGACGAGAGCUAUGACCCAGACAUGCAGUGCUCCCUGCCCCCCUCCCGCAUGUACCUGCAGCCAGACGAACUGGAGGAGGAGGAAGAGGAGGAGGAGGAGAUGGAGAGGGGUCCCACUCCACCUGUCAGAGGGGCUGCCUCGUCCCCCACCGCGGUGUCCUACAGCCACCAGUCCACAGCCACCCUCACCCCCUCGCCCCAGGAUGAGCUGCAACCCAUGCUCCAAGACACUGCAGAGAGCAUUGGCUCUGGACACGAGCGCAGACGCCAUGCAGUGAGCCCCCCUCCCCGACCCCUCUCCCCCUCACACACCUACGGCUACAUCUCCAGCCCCAUGUCCCUGGACACAGACGGCAUGGAGGAAGAGGGGGAGAUGUUGGAGGAAGAGGAGGAGGAGGAGGAAGAGGAAGGGGACGAGACAGACGCGGAGGUGGCUAAGGUGCACCACCACCACACCCACCCUCACCACCCCCACCACCCCCAGCAGAUGCACCCCAGGAGGCUGCUGCUGCGGGGUCUGGAGCAGACCCCAGCCUCCAGCAUGGGGGACCUGGAGAGCUCUGUGACGGGAUCCAUGAUCAACGGCUGGGGUUCGGCAUCCGAGGAGGAUAACGCCUCGUCAGGGCGCUCCAGCGCUGUCAGCUCCUCAGACGGAUCCUUCUUCACAGACGCCGACUUUGCCCAGGCCGUGGCGUCUGCUGCAGAGUACGCAGGCCUGAAGGUGGCCAAGUACACCAACACCACGCAAGGCCAGGAGGGAGGCCCCGGAGGACGAAAGUAUCAAAUGACCCCUUCAGGCCACCGUCCUGGCAGCCCCCUGUCCACAGACAGCAACAUGAGCACGGCCAACAUGCAGAAGAGGCCUCCUAAGAAGCAGAAACAGCACCCUGCAGCGGGCCACCCAGGGCUCCAGCGACGAGAGGCCUACCCUGAAGAUCUGCCCCCUCCCAUCCCCCCUCCAGCGGGGCUCAAGUCCCCCACACACCCCUCCAAGACAGCCCUGGAGACCCGGGGGGUGAUGUCCCCCAAGGCAGGCGAGGGCAGGGACAGGAGAGGGGGCUCAGGAGGAGGGUCCCGGCCACGGGAGGGAUCGGACCCCCGUACCAGCUCCUCAGAGCGCCGGGAAACCCAGGACAGACAGAAAAACCCUCGCACAGGGAAAGGGAACAAACAGGAGGGGGGCAGCACCAAGGCACGCCAACACCCAGGGCCAGAGGACAUCCUGCCCUACAGCCGCCCCUCCUUCCCCACGGUCCACAGUCCCCGAGACAUUGACCCCAGAUCCCCCAGCUCUAUGUCCUCCCGGGGCUCAGGGGGGCGGCGGAGAGGAGAGGGGGGGGCAGGGGCCCGCAGGAACCCUAACGACAUGGGCCUCAACACCUUGGGAGCCUUCCAGCCAGGAGACGAUAACUUAGAGGUACAACACUUGCCAACUGGCUAA